AUGUAUAUCCUCCCUGGGAUUCUAAUCAUUGGAGCAUUAGUAAUUGCUUUAGCAUUAUUCAGUAUCACAAUGCUAGGAUGGUGCAAGUUUAUAAAUCAUGCAACAACACUUCCAACAACAGGCAUAUCUUAUGAUGACAAAUUAUCUGCUUGCAUGAGUUUAGAGUCACAUUCAAUCACAUUCAUGUACAAGGAAGCUGACCAUGCUGCACAAGGCAUAAUGAACCAGACUGAAUGUGUUAUCUGCUUAACAGUCUUUCAAGAAGACGAAAGUGUUCGGAAGCUUCAUACGUGCAAGCACGUGUUUCAUACAUCUUGCAUCGAUAAAUGGCUCGGCUCUCGUUCUGGAUGUCCAUUGUGUCGCUCUCAAAUUGACCGAGUAACUUCGCCAAAUGUGACAUUGGCAAAUGAGCAGAUUAUUGUGGAUAUGGGUGACUCCAUAAUUUGA